AUGAGCAACCUGGCCAAGGAGAGUAAGCACAGCAGCAGUAGCCUUGAGGAAGAGGCAGAACCAAAUAUUAAUAAUCUAAAUCAGGGUUAUACAACAUUUCUUACAGACAAUUUGGUUGUUCGUGUGAAAAAUGGGCUUAAAAGUUCAAAGUACAAACCUGUUGAUUAUGAAGAACUCUAUGCAAUUACUGAAGCAAAGAAAUUACAGUCUGCUAACAUCCUUUUAAAGAUUAAAAAAUUACAGCAUGCUUCAAAAAUUAACAAAGAACAAAUGCUGCUGAAACGCCAUUGCCAGGUAUGGUGGAAAGAGCACAAAAGAUUGCAUGAAAACAGGCAGAAAUUAGAAUCUGAAAUUCAAACAGUCUUUGAUGAAGAAAAUGAAUGUUUUUUCGACUUGUGGGAUUUGCGAUAUAAAUUAACAAAAGGCUUGGAUACAUUUCAAGCAAACACAGUGCAACCUGUCUGGCAGCUAAGGGAAGAUUUAAGGUACAGACUAUUGGAAAUGCAAACCAACAGCAGAAGUGUGGAAUAUCAAUUUAAUCCAGAUGCUGUAUUAAAAGAGAUAGAGUUUGUGAAGAAACAACAGAAAGCAAUUUUGGGAAAGCUUCAUCUGGAAAGAAUAGCUUUGGAAAAAGAGCUUGAGGAAUUUAUAGAUGGAUCCCUGGCAUGUACUUUAGAGGAAAGGACUACAUUUGCACCUGAGAUUCCACCACAGUUAUUGGAGCUGGAGUGUCCAUAUCCUGAUCUGAAGGCUUCUGUGUUUUCUGAAUUUUAUAAACUUGCAGAUGACUAUUCUUUGAAGAUCCAAGAGGCUGAUGAAGACUUAAAAUCCAUAGCGAGCAGUUUCCAGUGGAGUAAAGAAGAUCUUUGGACAUAUCAGGUUGUCACUGGUCAGUAUCCAAGUGAUAUGCAAAGUAGAAGAACACUGUAUUUGGAUAUGCUUCAGAAACUUCUACCUCACAAAUCUAGACAAAGUCUUGUUGCUCAUGAAAAGUCUUGGGACCACUAUUACUUUACCAGGAGCCAAUUGAGAGUGUUGAUGUUCAAUUGGGUCCAAGCUAAGAAGACAUUCUUAGUGAAGGCGGUGAUGACUCUCACAGAAGCGUGUGCUGCUUAUGAGACUGAAAUGAUGGUGGCUAAUAAUAGAAGAAAACAGCAGGAGAUAUGUGCUAAUCUGAAAGAAAAGGCUAUACUAUAUAUGUUGUGUUUGCAAAAUGCACUGAACCAUAAACUUGAAAUAUAUUUGGCAUUAAUGCGUUGUGCAAACUUGAGAGGUAAAUACAUGGUUCGGUUUACCAUGGGGAAGCAUGUGAUAUGA